AUGGAUCCAAAAUUAACAGAAGUUUCUCAGCUCUUCGAUCGAUUCAAGGCCGCGUUUCUCCGAAACGACUUCGAUUCCAGCUCCAAUCUCCUUUCACAGCUUAAGGUUUUACUAACAGGGUUCAAAAGCCUUCCACCCUUGUUUGCAGAUACACCUAAUGCGGUUCAGGAAUUAACUAUAGCAAGGGAUAUAUACGAGCAUGCUGUUGUCCUUAGUGUAAAAAUUGAGGAUCAAGAUGCCUUUGAAAGGGAUUUCUUCCAGUUGAAACCUUAUUAUACUGAUGCCCGUAAUCGUCUUCCACAGUCUCCACAGGAGUACCCAAUACUUGGUCUCAACCUGUUGAGACUACUUGUGCAAAAUAGGAUUGCUGAAUUCCAUACCGAGUUGGAAUUACUUUCAUCCACUGCUCUAGAGAAUCCUUGUAUUAAGCAUGCUGUGGAGUUGGAGCAAUCUUUUAUGGAAGGGGCUUACAACCGUGUCUUGAGUGCUCGGCAGACAGUGCCACAUGAAACAUAUGUUUAUUUCAUGGAUCUUCUGGCAAAGACCAUCAGAGAUGAGAUAGCAGGAUGCAGUGAGAAGGCAUAUGACUAUCUUUCAAUUAAUGAUGCUAAGCAAAUGUUGCUGUUCUCCAAAGACCAGGAACUCUUGGAGUAUAUCAAUGAGGAGCACCCUGAGUGGGAAAUUAAGAACGGUUCCGUCUUCUUUCAAAAGGCAAAAGAAUCUGCACCUUGCAAAGAAAUACCAUCUCUGCAACUCAUCAACCAAACACUUAGUUAUGCUAGGGAGUUGGAGAGGAUUGUCUGA